CGCCUCUUCCGCAGGUAUGCAGUGUCGGAAAGUGGGUGACUGCAGCUGCUGCUACGUUAGCCGCCUGCGUUAUAUGUCAUAGUUCCCAUUAUGAAAAUCUACUACCGGGUAGGGGCAACGGAGUGUAUUCUUGUAUUUAUCGGCCUCCUCUUAUUAUCCGAUUCCUGCGAAGGUCUUCUCAGAAGAUGCUUCGCGUGUCGUUCGAGAGGUGAACUGGGCUCUUGUAAGGAUCCAUUCAAGUUUAAUGCCACACAGGUGGAAAAUGAACGUGGUGUAGAAGCGGUACCAUGUGCAUCUGGUUGGUGUGGGAAGUUCCUGGAAGGAGGAAAUGGAUACAAAGAUGAUGACUAUGGGAUAGCAACUCAGAGAAUGUGUCUGCAAAGAGGACCAUCCGAUUCUGAAGAACGCUGUGCCUACACAGUGUGGAACUACAGGAAAGUUUUCAUGUGCUUUUGUCAAGGUGACCUGUGCAACUCAUCAACAAAUCUACAUCAGUCUUUUAUUUUUGUAUUAUUUGUCAGUUUUAUUGGGCACUGGCUUGUGAACUGAUCAGUCAUCUCCUUUUGAGUCCUAAUUAUUUGCUGCUGGUGCUGCUGAAGAUGAAUACUCAAGUUCCUUCAUCGCUCUAAACUCAAGAAAUGUUAUUACAUCACUAAAUGUUUUAUUGGAUUUUUGAAACCAAGUGGCUCAUAUAUAUCUCUCUCUCUCUCUUUAAAAUUUUCUUAAUUAUGAUCAACAGUUUACUUAUAGAUUAGAGUAGACCUAUGUUGUUACCAUGAUUUGGGCUUGUUCCUACACUUUGUGCAGCUUGAUUUUGAUAUUUUUCUAGUAAUAUCUUAGAUCAUCUACUUCCAAGCCGUGCAGUCUUAAUCAGUUCUCUUGGUUCUGUUGACAUGUACUGAAGUUUUUGUUAAGAUGUUUUCUAUUAAAAAUGGUUAAUUGUGACAUGUAAAGAGACUGUUACUUCAAUUACUAUUAACAAAUUCUAAUUGUGACUUAAUUAACAUUAAUCAGUUUUCUACUGCACAUUCUUCUUUCAUUCAUUAUAUUAGAGAAAUAUCAAAUGUAAAAUAUUAUUUUGCAAUGGAUGAGCAAAUGUAUAACUCUCAGUUGACUUAGGAAUUAUCAAGAGAUGCACAAAGAUCUGCGUUAUACUUGAACAAAUCAACAUGAUUUCUCAUUUUGUAAUAAACAGAUGUCUUAACCAGUCACUCAAUAAUGAAAAAUUCUGAUGUUCGCUGGUAAAAGUUACUGUAUGCUUUUUCUUUUCUUGUGAAGUCGUGAUGUCUCUUUUUGAUUUACCAUAUAAUACCAUUCUCUGUGGUUUUUACACAUUACUUCUUAAUGCUUUUGAAGAAUACAGUAAACCAAGAUGAGAUUUUAACCAGAAGUAAGCCUAGUCAUCGAAGAAACAAAGAAUGCAAACCUAAAAGAAAAUCAGAAGUAUUGUACAGUAAAGGUAGUUUACCUGUCUCACACUAUUGCCCAUGACAUUCCCCCACAUUCCAUUAUUAUUAGUUCUUUGUGUAACAAGGCUGAGUAAGUGUUGUGAAUAAAUUCUUGAUAUUUAUUUGAGUGAGCCCACCAAGUGUUGAAAUAAUGUCAUGUAUAUUUUGAAUAUCAAAAUGAAUGUAUAAUUUUGUACGUUUGAUAAAAUGUGAUAUGUAUUCAUUAAAGGAACAUAAAUGCAAAUUAA